AUUUGGAUUAUAGUAGCAUUAAUGUAUACAAGGUUUUGUUCUUGAUUUUGAGGCGAUUAUUUUGAGGAUGUUGACAACUGAGUGAGGAAAAAUAGUUGGUUGGGUUAUGUUUAGUUGAUGAUCCUUACUUGAAUGCAAGAAAAUGGGAAAGCAGGGGUCCCCUAGAAGUCCUAAGCCCAAGAAUUCAAUUUUGGAUGUUUCUUAUGGGACGAGAGAGUAUCAGUCUAGAUGUUCAGAUAUGCAGCAGACUGGAGAUCCCUCUUUAGGUAGAAGGGGAUCAGGGGGAGACAACCACUGGGAUAAGGUUAUUCUGGUUCAAGGAUUGAGGAAUGAUUCCGGAAAGUUUGCUGCUUCUAAAGGUGUUAAUGCAAGCAAGAAGCAUAUGUGGUGGCUCCCUAGGCAUAUUAGGCGGAUCAUUUUAGCAUUUGUGUUCAUGAGCUUUCUUUUCCUGCUGGAUUCCCUUUUGUUUUCUCUUUUGGAGUCAAUAAUCAAGAAUCAUUCGGCCCCUCACAGAUCAACAGGGCAAGAGGAGAGAAUCACUGGCAUGUUGGAGGAAAAGAGUUCCACAAACAUGUAUGAUCGCCUUCUAAAACUGGCUGCCAGUUCUGUUAAUGAGAAAGAGUUGAAGAGAGGUGAAUCAAAAUUUUGGGAAGAAUCAUAUCCUCAGGCAUCAAUGUGGAAGCCUUGUGCUGACAAGAAGAGUACCAAAGUUGUCGGGGCAGGGAAAUCCAGGAACAGUUCUGGUUACAUUUUGGUCAGCGCCAAUGGAGGCCUAAAUCAGCAGCGAGUUGCUGUCUGCAAUGCUGUUGCAGUUGCAUCCCUGCUAAAUGCAACUUUAGUCAUUCCCAAAUUUCUUUAUAGCAAUGUAUGGAAUGAUCCCAGUCAAUUUGGUGACAUAUAUCAAGAGGAUUACUUCAUAAAUACACUGGAGAAUGAAGUAGAUAUUGUAAAGGAGCUCCCUCCUGACUUAAAGUCAGUAGAUUUUGAAUCAAUUGGCAGUCAAGUAACUGAUGCUGAUCUGUCAAAGGAGGCAACACCUGAUGAGUACAUUAAGAAGAUACUUCCGCUUCUCUUAGAAAACAGGGUUGUUCACUUCCUUGGAUUUGGGAAUCGACUUGGUUUUGACCCUUUGCCUGUUGAACUUCAGAGACUAAGAUGCAAAUGUAACUUCCAUGCUUUAAAGUUUGUGCCAAAGAUUCAGCAGGUGGGUUCGAUAUUGAUAAAAAGGAUCCGAAAGCACGACAUUGCAGAAAGCAUGCUGGAUAAGCAACUUCUUGGAAAUUUCAUUUCAGAUGCUUCACCAGAAGAGCAUCACAUCCUAGACGGACCUUCUAGGUACCUUGCCUUGCAUUUGAGGUUUGAAGUUGACAUGGUGGCCUACUCUAUGUGUGAAUUUGGAGGUGGAGAGAAUGAAAGAAGAGAACUUCAAGCAUACAGAGAAGCACAUUUCCCUCUCCUCACUGAGCGCCUAACGACUUCUUCUCAACAUCCUUCUUCAGCAGAACUAAGAAACCUGGGAAGAUGUCCAUUGACACCAGAAGAAGCAGCACUUGUUCUUGCUGCUCUUGGCUUCAAGAGUGACACUUAUAUCUACCUUGCAGGCUCAGAAAUUUACGGAGGAGGAUCAAGGAUGCAUCCGUUUACCAGUCUCUACCCCAAUGUGGUCACAAAGGAAGAUCUUCUCUCAGCAAGUGAACUUGCACCGUUUAAGAACUUUUCUUCUCAGCUUGCAGCCCUGGACUUUAUUGCAUGUGCGACUGCUGAUGUAUUUGCCAUAACAGACUCUGGGAGCCAACUAUCAUCCCUGGUGUAUGGAUACCGAACAUAUUAUGGUGGUGGGCAUGCUCCAACUCUUAGUCCUCCCAAGAAGAGGCUUGCCGCAAUUUUGUUGCACAAUCACACCAUAAAAUGGAGUACCUUUGAGGAAAAAAUUAGGAAGAUGAUUCAAGAAGGUCAAAGAGUCCGCCAAAGGGGCUUCCACCGUAGUGUUUAUAGACUUCCACGCUGUAGAGGAUGCAUGUGCAAGCCAAUAAUUCCUGUGUUUUCAGUGAUCAAGUUUUAGGUUGCCUGUUCAAGCAUCAAAAGUUUGUCGAUCAUUUGUCAUGUUUUACAUUAUCUUUUCCUUCUCCAAUGAGUACAUCCUGAAAAGUUCCCAGGUUUCUUCUGGUCCUUUUUUUUACACAAUGUCAACUGUAUAAAAUUUCUUA